GGCGUUCGCAUCUGCAUAGUGGAGGUUUUUGUGUUGCCCAUGUUGCACGCGAUUGGUGUGCCACUACGGGUGUCAGAUCAAUUGCCGGAACUUUCGAGGCUGCGAUGUCGCUCCGCGGACUGCAAGUUUGAGGUUGGAAUUGUAGAAGGACGGUGAACAGAACCCGACAUGAAGCAAUGUCUGAGCCUCAAGUCACAGUUGCUAAUGUCCAUGCCUGCAGUUACCGUACCACACACACCUUUGAACGCCCUGAGCACUCAACAGUGUCGCAUCGCCAUUCCAACCGAUUCUGUCCGCACCACGUAGUUCAGGUCAAAAACAUCCCUCACAGCCCUGAGCAGUGCCCCUUGCCUGUGGUCAGGUAUGCAGUCGGACAGGACCCAACGCUACUCGUAUCCCGAAACUCAACAAUUUCCUCGCUGACCGAUAAGAUUGCCACAGCGCAUCAAUGUCCAGGCACAGUGGCCUUAAUUCGCCGUUGCCGCCAGGUCCACAGAUUAGAUUCCGAGUCCCAGAUUAUUUUUCAGACAUGUAGUAAUCCAGCCGCCGUUCAACGUAUACACGACAGGGAGAUUCAGAUCCAAGAUGAGAAGAAAACCUGGUUUGCAUGCGUGGGAUCUUUCCAGAGGCCUGGUCUUGCCUACCGUUGCCACAUUAGGGCCGAAAAUAAUGACAACCUUUCCCUGUCCUGCUCGCCUUCAAAGCUUAACCAUUCACCACGUGUGCCUUUUCAUAACUAUAUGUAACUCGUCAAUAUACACACAACUCCAGCGCUGCCAAGCAUCGGAUGCAUCAACGCGAAGGUACGGAGGGGCAUGAAACCCGAAACCCGAGUUUAGGCGAGCAAAAUCUUGGAAUUGUUUAUAUACUUGCCACUUCUACGCCUGGAUCGAAAACGAGCCUUUUGCUGUCCACGUGGCUAGCUCAACGGCUUUUGUCUCGAGGCAUACAAUGGUUCGAGAACAGUCGGAAGGCUAAUUUGGUAUAAAGUGCAGGGAAAGCAACAUGAGGCUAAGUGAGCCAUGUAAUGUCAUG